AAAAAGCCAUUUAAAAAUCUCAAGCAGAUAAUACAAGCUGAAAAAUCUGAAAAAUGGAAAGAAGAUGAUUAUGAAUAUCUCUCUAUUGAUGCACUUCCAUCAUUUUUACCAGCUAAAAAAUAUUCUGAUCUCUCUGGACUUCCAGCACCCUACACCGAUCCCCACACCAAGCUGAGGUAUGCAACGAGUGAGGAAUAUUCCAGAAUCAAAUCUCUACCUAGCGAUAUUGUUAUGGGUCUGCUGAAUCUUCGAAAGGGCUCCACUACUAAUUCCUAG